AUGCAGCUAUACUGCAGAGACUGCACUGUUUGCAAUCAUUUGCGGAGCCCCACUCAUCGCAUCAAGGAGUGGACGGGGUCAUUUUUCAUGGCUACAUCACUCAAGAAGCUCGGUCUGAGGAUCCAGCUGGGGCAUGCGAUUGGCGAAAGCUGUAUCCUGCCUCACAAGUCAUUCAACAACAACUUCCUACUCAUCGAUACAAACGGAAUCCACGAGAUGGUGGUCGACUUUUGUGCCUGUGAGACAUCCCAGACUCAUACAAAACAACUCUUGCACAUGAGAUGGUUCCCCUCGACAACUGUGGAUCCAAGGACAGCAGCAACCUUCCAGCUAUUGCACCAUUACCAUAUCUUGUCUUUUGAGUCCAAGGCAUCCGCAUAUGAAUUCUAUCACUUGCUUGUCCGUAUAUCUGACAAUGUUGGUUUAAUUAAGAAGGAUCGCUAUGAAUCCUUCAUGUGUAUGGUUCAUGAGUGGCGACACCUGAAACUGUUGAAACAUUUUGGUCGCGGUCAUGAUCCUGUCGGUGUGAGUGGUACCAAAGAGGGUGAAUGCGCUGUGCUCUGUCUGGCUUGCCCACAGCCUGGCAAAAAUAUGCCCCCUGACUGGAAAGAGGGAUGGUCAUACUUUGUGGAAGAGAAGUUCAAGUCCCAUCUCAAGGAGCAUUUGUCUGAGACACAGGAGAAAAGUUCCUGCUCGAACCAUAAUGCCGUGAAUAUGGCUGAGACAAAGCUAUCACAGGGCCUUGCAGCUACUGGAGUAGGGACAGUUGAUUGUGCGCGACAUAACUUCAAGCACCCGAAUGGCAUUGGGGACCUACAAAAAGGGGAAAAGUACAUUAACAUGGACUACCUGUUUUUCUCCACACUUCGUAACAACUGUCUCAACAUUCUGAAUGUAUCAUAUGACAUUUCGCUACCCGAGUCACACCAUAUAUCCUAUUUGCGCAUUUUUAUUCAGUUCUUCGUCCCAAAGUUCCACCUUCCAGCACGUAUCAAGAAGUGUCAGACAAUGUUCUCUUUCAAUUUCACAUGUUUUGUGGGUCGUACAGAUGGGGAGGUGCCUGAGCGUGGUUGGUCCAACAUAAAUCCGGUCGCAUCAAGUACAAAGGCAAUGGGACCCGGCUGUCAUAGGGACACAUUAGACGAUCAUUUUGGGGAUUGGAACUGGAAAAAAGUCAUUGGCUUAGCUGUCAUUGAGAAGGCUGAUCAUGAGGCUGCAUUCCAGGAGUUCAAUGCUGCGAUUUCCUCCGACCACAGGUCAGCAUGGACAGUGGAGAUGGAGAAAUGGGAGGAAAACCCCAAUGACACAUCAGUCACUAACCCCCUCGACGUCUAUUAUCCAGAAAUCACACAAGUUGCAGCCCGUCUGAAACUUGCGGAGAUGGAAGCUGCAGAACUUGCUUGUGGGAUUGACCUAUCUCUGCACCCUGACAUCUCACCAAGUGUACUUAUCGUGUUGGGAUUAGACCUCAAAGAGGAAGAAUGUCGUGUGAGAGCAGUAUCCGAAGGAAUGGGUCUCCACGUUUCUGAUAUACAGAAAGGCACACUCGCGCGAAUGAGGAAUGUCCUGCAUUGUAAGAUCAAAACGUGGAGAAGUGCACAGGUUCUGUACAUACCUGCGGUACAGAUUCUCACUACUACUGUGGUUUCCAACCCUCAUCAGCUGUUUGAGAAUGCUGAGGAUAUCCGCCUGUGGUUGCCAUCUAGUCUGAAAGGCAAACCAUGCUCCAACACUUGUGCUCAGAAUGCACUUGCUCAUGUGCACGGGCGACAAGUGGCAUGUACAAAGAGAUACAGGGUUGCAUGGAAGGCGCUGAAGACCCUGGCACCCCUCUUGAAGAAAGUGGGAUGGCAAGGAUGGCUGCAAGACCUGAAGGAUGAAGACAUGAAACCAUUAGUGGACCCUUUCAGCAGAGAGACCGAAGGCCGCCGCCGCCUGACAUGGAUCUGGAUGAUGACGGGUGUAGAUACAGGUAGCGAUGGGGGUGACGUGGAUGGAGUUCGCGUGGAAUGGUGCAAGUCCAGAGCAAGAGCAAUGUGCUGGGCAGAGGAGAUAGAAUUGUUACAGGAGGAGAUGCGAAGGGUGCUACAGUUUUUUGAUUGGCAAGCCAACUGGUGGGACAAGCAGCAGGACCGGCUCGUCUGUGAGACAGCAGCUCAAUGCGAGGGCUUGGUAGCAUAUGCCAACAAACAGGCACACAUCCAAUGUCAGCUCGCAUUGCACUUUAGAGUGCUGUGGACCCCCUACCUUCCCCAGCUAUCUCCUCCGACCUCGAGCCUCAUAUCAACCGCCGUACCAUCACUGGACAACAUGCAAUUCCCCGACCUCAUGCUACCUGUUUCAUGUGCCUAG